AUGAUGGCUCGAUUCAAUGGGGAAGGGAUUCGGACCAACGAAAGUCCUAUGGACUGGAAAUAUGAUAACGAGCGAGGUCCCGUAGAUCCUGACUCUCCAUGGAUGCAGGGUGCAAGGAGAAUGCCCCCUUCAAGCAGAGCGCCCACUCAGAAACGAUCAUCAAGUGAGAUGGACUCACCGCAAAAGCUAGCUUUCCCCCAGCUUCGCGAACCGGAGGGCCAAAAAUUCCUGUUCGCAUCCAUCCCUACCAAGAAGCCAGAUGUCAACCACUACCGCAAUCCACCCGCCUUUACUACGCCUCAAAAGCCUUCUAUCGAACCAGAGGAAACUCCAGAGCGAACACCCGACCAGGCUUCUCCAGCUUAUGCUGACUCGGAAGCUACCCCUGAUCCUCCUCGCGGAUUCUCACCUCUAGUCCGAUUUGAAGGCAACAAGUCUAAAAAGGAGUCAAUUGCAUCUAGUCUGUGGAGCAAAUCAGGUAGAGGACAAAUAUCUAGGAAGUCAAAUUAUACCGACGGCGCAUCCCGCAGAGCCGAGAAGCGCCGUCGGCGUGAGAGAGACAGCGACGUUCGUGAUGCGCCUCGCCGAUAUAGCAACGACUCCGAGACGGAAGAACGACCGUCCAGUAGCGAAGGCGGCUCGAAAAGGAGGGCCCAGAAAGUAGGCUUGGUGCCUUCUAUCCUCACGUUCAUUGACGCCCAUCCUUCCCUACCGAAUACGCUCUCCUAUUACGUUCAAUUCUUGCUCAACUGCGUGCUUGCCCUCGUUCUUAUGUACAUCAUUUGGGGUAUAUUGUCCACCAUACGCCACGAUAUCAAUGAGCGCGCUAUUGUAGAGUCUUCAGAGAUACUCGCAGAGAUGGCGGCUUGUGCGCGUGAAUUCAAGGACAACCGGUGCGAAAGGGACACACGCGUGCCGGCUAUGGAAAGUGUGUGUAAUGGAUGGGAAAAGUGUAUGGCGAGAGAUCCGUACAAAGUUGGACGCAGCAGAUUGAGUGCGGGUAUGUUCGCAGAAAUCUUCAACAGCUUCGUAGAACCCAUCUCCGUAAAGGCACUGGUAAGUCGAUGUCUAUCGGCCAGUUCUGAAUGUCGACUGACGACUUUUCAGAUUGUGUCCAUCACGGUGAUCAUAGGCUGCUUCGCUGUCAAUAAUCUCACUUUUGGAAUCUACCGAUCACGAAAUCAGCCAGCACAAGCUCCUCCACCUACACCGUCUCAGUCAGCUUUCCUGGGACACCAGCCCCAACAGUAUUUAGGAUUCGCUUCGCCGCAAUAUGGACAUUUUCAGACACCGUAUCAGCACCAAAUGGCAAGCAUGCCACAGUCCCAGCAAUUCGAGAUGGCCCAGGGAGACAGCCCGACUAAAAGGCUUGGGUAUAGGUAG